AUGGAAUACAAUCACGCCGAGCAGAAAAAGUCGGAACCGCCGGAGGUCGCCUCGGGCUCAGGCUCAGGCGCAAGUGGUAGCGACAAUGGAACACGGAAACCCUGGGGCGCAGACGAAGACAGAGCCUCCGUUACCACAUUACCCGACCUCGAGGGCAAGCAAGGCAAGGAACACCAGAGGAGACACCAGCAUUUACACCGUGUUGGAAAGUUCAAUCUCAGAUCCGCCGAGGAUGACCUGCCGACUGACUGGUGGUUUGCAUCCACGGCCAUUCCUCUUAUUGCUGCCACAUUUGCGCCUAUGGCCAACUUGUUGUCCAUUGCUGCUCUGGUCGUGUCCUGGAGGAACAACAUAGUCGACAAUGUGCCGGAAUACUACCAGUCCACGUCCGUGGGUUUUCCAGACCCUCAGUGGUGCAUCGACCUGAAUAUCGCUUCCCUGGUCUGUGGCUUUGUAGGAAAUCUCUUUCUACUCUUCAAUUUCACGAAGCGUGUCCGCUAUAUAGUCGCGCUGCCUACAACUAUCCUUCUCUUCUACAUCGCCUCAGGCAUCUUGAUCGGUAUUACUGUCUCGAUGCAAAUCCAUUGCCCGCCGGGCAAGGGCCAAGUCUACUCGCAAGGUUACUGGAAUGCCGUUCUGGCCGCCUGUCUUUACUUGUUCAACUCUAUGAUUCUAAUGGUCAAUAUGUGGGGUUAUUUCCUUGGUCAUUAUCCUCAACACUUCACUCUGACCGACGAACAGCGCAAUCUCAUCCUGCAGACCAUGAUGUUCUUCGUAUGGCUUGGUGGAGGCGCUGGUGUCUUCUCUCGAAUCGAGGGGUGGACAUACCCUGACGCAGUUUACUUCUGCGAUGUGACCAUUCUGACUGUUGGCUUUGGAGACUACUAUCCUACCGACGACCUGAGCCGUGGACUGGUUUUUCCUUAUUCUGUCGGUGGCACUAUCAUCCUAGGGUUGAUGGUCAGUUCUAUCCACAAGUUUGCGGGAGAGCUCAGCUCCGUCAAUGUACUGCGAAAGCAUGUUGAGCGGAGAAGGACCAACACGCUGUCACGGGCUGUGACAGUUGAAGAUACACAAGAGACAAGGCGAGAUGAGCUGGAAAAGGAAAUAGAGAUUGGACAGUUGCUUAGACGAAAGCCUGUUAUAUCUUCCCCCUUGCCCAACCCCAUUAUCCAGCGCAAUUUGGAUGCUGCGGCACAUUCUACGCCAUGUGCGAACCCUGAACCAGAAGAAUCUCCUCAAGAUCUUCCACCUGAGCCGCAAGUCCAAUUUGAAAAUACCAACGCCGAAUUUCUCAAGCAAUCAGAUGAGGAGGAACCGCAUCAUAGCCAAUUCCUCAACGCGCGAGAUCAUAGUGGUCCCUUGCACACCACAUUCAAGUUCUUAUCUGGGCCUGUUUCAACCGUCAGGAAAGCCAGGUCGAGGUCCCAAAAAGCGAUUGUUAUGCGCGAAGAGAAGGACCGGUUCGACGCAAUGCGGGCCAUUCAGAUCAAUGCCAGAAAGUUCAAGAAGUGGUAUUCGUUGUGUGUGUCGGUAGUCGCGUUCGGGUUGUUAUGGUGCUUGGGUGCCGUCGUGUUUUGGCAGGCCGAGAAGCACACCCAGGGUUUAAACUAUUUCGAGGCAUUGUAUUUCUGCUACGUCAGUCUGCUGACGAUUGGAUACGGUGACAUGAGCCCCAGGAGUAACGCCGGCAAGCCUUUCUUUGUCGUUUGGUCCCUGAUCGCCGUACCGACCAUGACCGUCCUCAUUUCGGAUAUGGGGGAUACAGUCAUUUCGAGCUUUAAACGCGGCACCUUUCGGCUAGGCGACAUGACAGUCCUCCCCAAAGCAGGACUCUGGGGCGACCUGCUAAGAUCAAACCCUUGGCUAUGGAAAUUCAUAAGCAGGAGGGCUGAAAAAAAGCGUCUCAAGGCUGGAUUUCCCGUCGGCCCUGCUGAAGACGAGUACCCGCCGAACUUGAGUCUUCAACAGCUCGCCGACGACGACGUCAGUGAAGCGGAAAUGACGCGGCGCCUGGCUUGGGCCAUUCGCAAGACGGCAGGGGACCUUCAACAUUCCCGUGACAAACGUUACUCAUAUGAGGAGUGGUGUGAGUUUACGCGACUGAUCCGCUUCUCGAAGGACGGACUUGCGCAGUUGGAGUACGACGAAGAGACAGACGGUGUCGUUGAGUGGGACUGGUUGGACGACAGUAGCCCCAUGCUCAGCGCACAGGGUGAACCGGAAUGGGUUCUCGAUCGCUUGUGCGAGAGUCUUCUGCGACUGAUCAAGAAGAACACGCCCAGCGGCGACAGCACACCGUCCUCGGCCCUACCGGCGUCCAGCAAUGCCGAUCUAUCGACCUUCGCCUUCGCCCGAAAAGGCACGGUCGCCGAGGAUGCCGAUGGCGAUGGCGAUGGCGAUCGGAGAUCCGACAAAUCGGCCAAGGGCAAGGAAGCACAGCCUCGCGUGCCGACUGAGGCGGAGGAACGCCAGCGAAGAGCGUCCGGGGCCGAGGCGGUUUUGACAUUCUUCACGGGCGAGAGAAAAGGUGCCCAUGCUUAUGCGGCGGAAGGGCCGCAAUGGAGCAAGAAAGCCAGGGAGCGGCUGAAACAGACUCGACGCCAUCGACCGACCACCGGUGCUGUCGGUGGCGGGAGAGGUGGCGCGGGACUGCGCACGCUGAAGAUGAGGCAGUUUGCUGGCGACGGCGAGCAGUGA